CGAGCGUUGUGACGGAGGAGCUCCGGAGGUGGAUUGGCUGAACUCCCCGCGACUUCUCCCCACGCCUCCGGCCGGCAGAGCAAGCCGGGUGACGGCCGCGGAUGGAGCGGAGCGGGGGGUCUUCCAGGACUUGGAAGAUUCAUGAAAAUCUAAUGUAAAUAUCACAGGUAAAAGAGACAUCCUGAACUUGAGAAAUGGCAGGUUUCCUAGACAAUUUCCGAUGGCCUGAAUGUGAGUGUAUUGAUUGGAGUGAAAGAAGAAAUACAGUUGCUUCUGUGGUAGCUGGGAUUCUGUUUUUUACAGGUUGGUGGAUAAUGAUAGAUGCAGCAGUAGUUUACCCUAAGCCAGAGCAAAUGAACCACGCAUUCCAUACUUGUGGAGUGUUUUCUACUCUAGCUUUUUUCAUGAUAAACGCAGUAUCAAAUGCUCAAGUGAGAGGAGACAGCUAUGGUGAUGGAUGUUUAGGAAGAACAGGUGCUCGUGUCUGGCUCUUCAUUGGCUUCAUGUUGAUGUUCGGCUCACUUAUUGCUUCUAUGUGGAUCCUUUUUGGAGCAUAUGUUACCCACAAUAUUAAUGUCUACCCAGGCUUAGCAGUGUUUUUUCAGAAUGCUUUGAUAUUUUUCAGCACCCUUAUCUACAAAUUUGGAAGAACUGAAGAACUGUGGGCUUAAGAGUACUUUUUUCUUCAUCUUGCUUAGCGAGCCUUGUAUGUAAAUAUAAUUUACAUUUCUGUUUUAUAUUUUGCCAAAUAGAUGUUGCAUUACACCUUUUGUAUGUUUACUUAUUUUUGGAAAGUGAACUGAUUUAAAUAUUCUGCUCAAAGUUAGCUAUCUAUUCAUAGAAUGGAUAGUAAUGUGAAUAUGUACAUACUAUGACUACCUGUAAAAUAUAAAAGUGAAUGUUAAACUUCCAUUGCACUUGGCAGGUUUUUUCUGCUCUGAUAUGUGAAUAAUGUUUUAGGAUUAAGGCUCAUAGCUUGUUCAAGAUCAUAUACUGUUCUUAAGCACAAAUGAGCUGUAGUAGCUUCUUGAAGAGUUGAGAUUUUGAUUAGGUGAUCAGAAAGUGAACUUAAAGAAUAUUAAUCUGAAUGGCAUCUCCAAAUAGCCAUUGAUGCAUGACCCCCAGUAGAAAAAUAUGUUAUUUGGAACUCUGGCAUCAUAUGCUGAAACUUCAUCUAGCGCUAACUUCCCAAUUACUAGGAAUGUUUUACGCCAUACUACAAAAUGUGUACUGAACAAAGGAGGCAUGAAGUAUGUAUGGAAAUUCUAUUUAGCAAAAAAACUCACGUGAAAAACCAAAAGAUCUUAAGCAUUUAUUUGAUAGUGCAGCAUGCCUUAAAAUGGAAUGGGCCAAUCCUUUCUCAGUGAAUGCACUG